CAAUUUUGCAGGUUAGUGGAGAUUUUUGGUGAUGUGAACACUGCACAUGGACUGCAGAGCUUGAAUGACUACCUAGAAGAACGUAGUUACAUCUCCGGCUUUGCACCUUCCAAGAUAGAUGUUGAUGUAUUCUCUUCCUUGGGAAAUGCCCCAGAUGAGAAAUACAACCAUGUGCUUCGAUGGUAUAACCACAUUCAGUCCUUAGGAGUGGAGUUGAAGUUAACUUUGGGAGAAGACCCAACAGAUGCACAGGUCUUGCUGGAAAACAAAAUGAAUGAACAAAAAAAUUCAUGCAUGUUGUUUGGGGAGAAUGCAUCAGCAACAAAAGGAGGGAAAAAUAGGUGUUCAGCACCAUGCAAGAUUGAAGAGCAGAAAGAAGAGGCAGUAGUUAAUGAUGAUGAAUUUGACUUAUUCGGUUCAGAUGAUGAGGAAGACCAGGAUGCUGCAAGAGUACGUGAAGAGAGACUAAGAGCAUAUGCUGAGAAAAAGUCUAAGAAACCUGGACCAAUAGCAAAAUCAUCAGUGAUGCUCGAUGUUAAGCCAUGGGAUGAUGAAACAGAUAUGAAGUCAAUGGAAGAACUGAUUCGAUCUAUCAAGAUGGAUGGUCUUUCAUGGGGUGCCAGUAAGCUAUCCCCUCUUGCCUUUGGAAUUAACAAAUUAUCAAUCUUGUGUACUGUAGAAGAUGAAAAGGUCUCUGUAGAUGACCUAGUUGAGAAGAUUUGUGAAUUUGAAGAAUUUGUGCAGUCUGUUGACAUAGCAGCAUUUAAUAAGAUCUGAAUAGGUAAUUGGUAUUUACAUUAGCAUUGGUGCUACUGGACUUUUUCAAAUGCUAUGAAUGCUCAUGGAAUGUUGAAUUUUGAAAGAAAAAGUUUGUAUACACAAUGAAAAGGGUCAUAUUUGUCAAGACCAACGACCUUUAUAUAAGUACCUAUGGUAACAUUAAUUGAAUUUAACAACAAUGAUGAAAAUCUGGUCCUCUCAGUUCUGUUUUCUUGGUAAUAGUCAUUUGUGUUCAUCAUAAAACAAUCAAGUUAAUACUACUUAAUACAUAUGGGUCACAUCAGAUGUUAUGAAUAAAUCAUAUUAAACCUAUCAGAAGACAAGCUGGUGUUUAGUUUGGGGGAUUAAAUCAUAGACUAAAACAGUACAUAAUGGGAACAAUAUAUUUAAUUUCUGAACUGAGACAACAAAGUGUUUAUAUAUUUAUUUUUUAUUUCAUUUAUUUAGCAAGGAAUAAAACAAAAUAAAAAAAAUAA